AUGCGCAUUCACGAGAGCGGAAAUGACCGCAACCUCGACGCACCCACCCCGCCGAGCCCCACUCCUAAUUCAUCACCUUGCGCACCCACCAACCACUCCUCAACCGACAUCGACGCCACCGACUCUACCACCCCUCACUCCUCCCCGUCCUCCUCCUCUUCCUCCUUCACUGCCACAACGAUGGCCACUCCGGCGUCUGUAGCGCACGACUUCACCACAGCCGCACCUGACACAACAACAGGCACAACCCCUGCAACCUCCAUCAUCAGAGGUGAGGGCCAGGACUACAUCUGCCCUCACUGCGAUCGCACCUGCACUUCCCUCAUCGGCCUGGUAGGUCACUUGCGAAUCCAUCGCACAGAGACUGGCGAACCAGUGCCUGGCGUACCAACCUACACCCACCGCAUUCGCCUCCACUGCCCACACCGUCCCCGCACCUUCAUGCAUCGCAUGGGUCUAUUCGGCCACAUACUUAUCCACGAGAGCGGAAUUGACCACAAUUCCGAUACACCAACCACGCCCAUCAUGCUCAGCACCACCCUCCCACCAUUCGCCUGCACCACCACCAACGCAUCCUCUGUGGCUGACACUGACACCGCCGAAUUCACAUGCCCAUACUGUCCACGCACAUUCACCUCACGUAUCGGCCUGGUCGGUCACUUGCGAAUCCAUCGCACAGAGACUGGAGAACCAGUGCCUGGAGCACCAACCUACACCCACAAAGCUCGACUCAACUGCCCACACUGUCUUCGAACUUUCAGGCAUCGCAUGGGUCUAUUCGGUCACAUGCGCAUCCACGACGACCUGCGGUAGACAACCGCCGGUUACACCACACAUUCACACACUCCAUACCCUCCUCCACCAUCACCACUACGCAUCAACACUCACCCAUCGCAUGCACCAACUGCCACCUUCCACGCAAGUGGGAAGUGUGCAUCUCGACUCGGUCCCCAUGCGGCCUCGGCCGCACGGGUGACUUGAGUCCGAGGAUAUCCCGACACGCCAGGUGUCAUGGAUAGGAAGGUUGCUGAUUGACGCCCGUUCUCGGUUCACGCAGUUCGUCACGUUGUGUGUGUGUGUUGUGUGUGGAGUGGCGGAUUGGUGGGCUGGGGACGGGCUGAAGCAGUACCUUCCACGGCCCUCUCACGCAAGUGAGAGACAAGCCGCUCAACCCCCGUUGUGUGAAAUCCUGGUGUUUGUGUGUGAAUGGGGGGCCAGGUCGUGCUGUGGCCGCGCAGGCAUGGUCAGUCGACCAUGUCAGCCACCGCGCCCAUUCCCCACUCCAGUUUGCCGACCGGCUCGGACGGCGGCUGGAGUGUGGGAAUGGGAAGGGAGAGUGAGGUCGACGACUCAGCGCACUUUCCUCACUAUAAUCAAUCUGACGCGUUUGAAACUAUCACGGUGCGCUAAAAGCCGUGGCUUGGAAGAUUGCUAACUGACGGGGUACCUUGGACCUCUUCCUUCACUGGAGGCGGUCUGAGAGUCAGGCUGCAAUGGCUCCUUUUUAAUGCGGCCUUUAUGGCAUUCCCACCGCGGCGUGGGAUCCGAGCCAGGCGUUGGCGGCACGCCCAGGUGUGGCUUCGGCCGUGCCAGCCUCCAAAUCCCUGUUGUGUUGGUUGAAAUCCUGGUUAUUGUUGUGUGGACCAGGGGGGUGUGGUGGAACGCCAAGGUGAGGAUCCGUCCGAGCCAUCCACCUGCGGCCUCCCUCGUCUCCGGUCUUCUUGACUCUGUCUUGACACCGGGCCCGGGCGGGGGAGGAGGAGAGAGUGUAGGUAGAUGCCGCGCAAGUCUACCGGCACUAUAAACCCCUGCGCAAGUCACCGUCCCUGCUCCCACCGCUGCUGCAGCUGUGGUGCACACGGUGGACAUCAUCGAAAUCGAUGGUCGAACUGUCAUUCAGUACUGGAUGAAUAAUGGUGCCUUACCACCGUUUUAUCCGUGUUAAUGAUCGGCCUGGAUUUCGCAAAACCGGAGACGAAGAAGUUUAUGCUCCGUCAUAUGUCUGCUUCCGUUGCAUCACUGAGCGCGCAAUUUUCUACGGAAAUUUCUCGGACACAUGCAUUUCUCGAGUGUUGAGGCAAUGCUGAUCGCUCGUCGCAGUAAGCGUCCAGCGGCAUGGCAGAGAACAUGAGACUGAAGAUGGUAGGAGUGAUUUGGUAGCCCUGACUCACACCAUUGGCCACCGCAAAUGUUACUCAGACUGGCCCACUUACCGUUACGUGCGUCAUCAUCCCGUCCUGAAGUUGACGGACCAUAUGUGUGAGUCGCCCAGGACAGCUGAAUUCAUCCAUGACUUUCCACAGUUCAUUGCGCUUAACCGUGUCGAAGGCUUCUGUCAGGGCGGCAAAGGUAGUGUACGGGUGAAUUCGCGUUUCUUGGCAUUCGCCCUGCAGCCGGCGAGCGGCGAGGAUCAUAUGGUGGUACCGCAGUGGCUUUCGAAAAAUCCCUCCUCCAGAAGGCCUUUGAGACGAUUGAGGAUGAAGCGUGCGAAGAUAUUUCCGACGAUUUUGAGAAGCGAAGUUCAUCCCUGAUUAACACACAAUUGAAAAGUCAAGUUGGCGAACACGCUUUUUCGGUAAUUCUUCCUCAGGCCAAUACAAUUACAUGAAGGAAUGAAAAUUUACAAAAUCAACAGUCUUUAUAGAUGCCUCAAGGGCUAUUAAGUCACUAACACUCAUCAUCCCCACGCCGCCCGCAUGAGAAGGUCGGCGGGUGUUAGUCGUCAGAGCUAGGAGAGGGGAGUAAGAGAGUCUUUGAGUGAUGUUCUUGGGUUGAGUACACGGAGUACCCAUCAUCGUGAUUAGGGAUCUGAGGCGGCAUGGCUUCAUCACUUGGGGUUGGCGUUGGCCACGGCAGCGAAAGCGCUUGUGUCAGAGUUUUCUGACAGCAUAACACCGGAUUCGCUAACCGUAUAACCACUGCCUCGGCCGUUGCUAGUAUCCGUUGGCGUAGGCCUUUAGAGAAGCAUGUUGGUGUCCGGUAGACAACCUGAAAUGCUUUCUUGGCAUCGACUCGGUGGUUCGUAUCGAUUAAAUGCGCGAGAAUAGAACUCGAAAUCGACCGGGUCUCACCCCUGUCUAACCAGGCGGGCAUAUGUUCACGCACCCUCUUUACCAGGCGUCUCGUUGUGCGGCCGAUGUAGCCUGCUCCACAGGAGCAAGUGAAUGAAUAAAUGCACAUUGAUGUGGCCUCCAACGGUUGUCUGUCUUUACCUCCCAAACGUAGGAGGGGAGAGUUUGUGAAGCAUACGCGUAAAUUCGCCGCAGGGAAUGCCUUCGUGAGAGCUGUAGUUAAGCGCCGUCGGACUAGUUCGCUCUCUGCGUCUCCUGCAAAAGGCAAUCUUAUGAAUACAUCUUUCUUUUUCGCAGUCGCAACAGAGGGCUUUUGCGCGCGUUCCCCAAUAUUUCGGAGGAUAAAUCUAUCUGGGUAUCCGUUCUCCCGAAGUGUGUUCCACAGCUGUUGAAGUUCUUCUACAAUAGCUUCUGGUGAGCAGAUGCGCCUCACUCUGGCCGCCAAUCCCUGGACUAAAUUCCGUUUGAUGUUUAAGGGAACAAAACUGUGGAAAUUAACGUAUUGUCCCGUCCAGGUUUUCUUUCGGAACACCCUGCGCUGGAUAGACUCAUCCUCUUGCCUGUGCAGAAGGACAUCGAGAAAGGCAAGUUCGUUAUCUGCCUCGGUCUCUGCAGUGAACUUUAGCGAGGGGUGCGCACUGUUGAACUUUUGGACAAGCUCCUCGGUAUCGGUGGUACAAUCCGCCAGGCAGAAGAUAUGGUCCACGUACCGACCGUAGAAGACGAGACCAUUAAUGGUCUCUUGCAAGCUUGUUUUUUUCAACUUUGCCCAUAAAAACAUUUGCAAGGAACGGUCCAAGCGGUGAUCCCAUUGCCACACCAUCUACCUGCCUGUAUAAUUGACCAUUGCACAAAAAUUGGACAUUUUGUGUGCAAAGCGUCAGUAGUUCUUUUAGCGUUUUCAUAGGCAUGUCUAUGGGGUAGUUCGUAUCACGAAUAACAUCGCAAAGAUAGUUUAUUGUUUCUGCCACGGGUACGUUGGUAAACAGCGAUGAUACAUCCAGUGAUAACAUCCUCCGUCCGCUAACGUUCAUAUUUUUGAUAGCUUCGACGAACUCAAAGGAGUCUUUUAAACUUCGAGGGUAUAGGUAACUUUGCAAUGACUUUAGUCUUUCCACUAGCCAUUUUGCAACGGUAUGAUAGGGCGAAUUCCUCAUAUCCAAGAUUGGACGUAGAGGCAGCCCUUGUAUGUGAAUUUUAGGAAGGCCGUACAUUCUUGGUAUUGUCGAGCCCACCGGUCUCAGUCGUUCAUACUCUUUGCUAGACAAAUGGCCUUCUUUGCAGAGAUCUUUGAGAAUAGUCGUCAGCUGACCCUCGACAGCCUCCGUGCGAUCCUUAUCUUUCACAGAUUUUGAGAACUUGGAACGAUCCGACAGUAUUUCCUGUAGUUUCGCCACAUAAUCCGUCCUAUCCAUCAGUACUACUCCUGACGCCCGACUUGUUGUUGUUAGUGGGGAUGCUCUUCACGUGGUUAUCGUCAAUCCACUUUUUAACAAGCACUAUAAUCUGGCCCUAAGCCGAGCUGAAUGCGUGAUGCGUCAAGCACUUGGGGUAAUGUAGAGUUUAAUCUUUCCCGCGAUAAUAUUCGAGGGCUUGACUAAACUGAAAGAACAAAACUUACAACAGUAUUGCGUUUUACGUGCUGCUUGUGUUUCUCGUCAGAAGUCUGAAUUCCAAUUCAGAAUAGUAUAACCUACUGUACGGAUAAUUAGGUAAGGGAAAAUACCGGUCACGUAAAAGUGGGGUUAAUAUCACGGAGAGGAUGGCGUCCCCCUGCGCGUUAUUUUUUUCGAGGAAGGGGCUAUCGCGUCCAGAGCCCCGUCAUAGCCCCGCCCACACGGGGCUCAGCCCUUCUGGCCCCUGGCGCUGGUGCUAGCAGGAAAGUGCCUUAGUCAUUUUGAUGUAAUAUGCGCUCUUUUUCAGCAUUUUUUCGGCAAUGCCCAUCGUGUGCGUUUUCGCAUCUGUUUUUAUAGCAUGUUUAUCGUCUGUCGUUCUGCCCUAUGUUGUUAUCAUGCACAACUGAUAGCUCAGGGCAAUUUCACAUUUGCUUGUUUAGAGUGCGUCGUUGGUCCUGAUGUCCUGGCUAAUAAAUCUUCAUUGCGGUCAUUCCUUCGUCACAUUUUUGAGGUAUAUUUUGAUCGGAGUAUUGCAAAACGCUCGGGUGCCCCAUAAGAUACUCGAGUUUCAUUGUGGCCAAAUCGCCAUGUUCACACGCUGUUAAUAUAGUGCCCGUUUGCUAUCCCGGCUCAUCUAUCCAACCUACCAUCCGGGUCAUUCCAACCGGCAACCAGUGCAGCAACAUGUUAUCGGACAAACAGAUGAAGCACAUACGCGAAGAGCAGCAGGCCAGUUUAAUGGCCUUACGCACACAAAUGCAACGGAAUUUGUGUCCGGAAUCCAGUGAGAGAUCAGAGGAAAUCUGAUUGAAUAAGGCCGGAGCGAGAGAAGGCCACCUGGAGGCAUCCUCGGUCGCGUCAGUGGCACCUGCUGGACUAUGUCCUCGUCCGGAGGCGAGAUCAGCGGGACGUGCUGGUGACGAAGGCGAUCGCGGGUGCUGACGGGUGGACCGACCAUCGCCUCGUCAUCUCGAAGAUGCGUAUUCGCCUACAGCCUCGCAGGAGGCCACAAGGUAAGCGACCCCCAGGUAAGCUGAAUGUUGCUUUGUUGUCUUUGCCUGCUCACCGUCUCCAUUUCAGCAAUGAGCUAGCUCAACGGCUAGACAACCUUCCUAUCGCUGUCGCCGCUGCCGAGAACGCCUCCGUGGAGAACCGCUGGUGUCAACUGCGAGACACGGUCCAGUCGACGGCGCUCGCCGUCCUCGGUCGCGCUCCCCGCCAACAUCAGGACUGGUUCGACGACAACGACGCCGCCAUCACAAAUCUGCUUGCUGAGAAGAACCGCCUCCAGAAAGCCUACGUAGAUCACCCCACUGAGGACAACAAAGCUGCCUUCUACCGCAGUCGCCGACAGCUUCAGCAACGACUGCGCGAGAUGCAGGACGCCUGGACUGCUCGCAAAGCUGAGGAGAUCCAAGGCUACGCGGACCGCAACGAAUGGAAGAACUUCUUCUCCGCGAUCAAAGCUGUCUACGGUCCGCCGACGAAGGGCACUGCUCCUCUCCUCAGAGCCGACGGCAGCACUCUCCUGACUGAGAAGACGCAAAUCCUACAGCGAUGGGCCGAACAUUUCCGAGGCGUCCUCAACCGCUCUUCCGUCAUCUCCGACGCCGCCAUCGCCCGCUUGCCGCAAGUGGAGACCAACGUGGACCUCGACCUCCCGCCAUCUCUCCAGGAGACCAUCAGGGCCGUGCAGCAACUCUCCAGCGGGAAAGCACCCGGAUCGGACGCAAUCCCUGCUGAGGUCUACAAGCAUGGAGGUCUCCAACUGAUGGAUCACCUGACUGCGCUCUUCCAGGAGAUGUGACGUCAAGGUGAAGUCCCGCAAGAUUUCAAGGACGCAACUAUCGUGCAUCUCUACAAGCGCAAAGGGAAUCGCCAAGUCUGCGACAACCACCGCGGCAUCUCCCUACUGAACAUCGCCGGGAAGAUCUUCGCUCGCAUCCUGCUCAACCGCCUCACCAACCAUCUGGAACAGGGCCUUCUGCCGGAAAGCCAAUGCGGCUUCCGUCGUCAUCGUGGGACCACGGAUAUGAUCUUCGCAGCCCGCCAACUUCAGGAGAAGUGCCAGGAGAUGCGGACCCACCUGUACUCUACCUUCGUGGACCUGACGAAAGCCUUCGACACGGUGAAUCGUGAAGGACUGUGGAAGAUCAUGCAGAAAUUUGGCUGUCCAGAGCAAUUUAUCCAGAUGGUUCGUCAGCUGCACAACGGUAUGAUGGCGCGAGUCACGGACAACGGAGCUGUCUCAGAGACAUUCGCAGUGACCAACGGAGUGAAGCAGGGCUGUGUGCUGGCGCCUACCCUCUUCAGUCUCAUGUUCUCUGCCAUGCUUAUGGACGCCUACCGCGACGAACGCCCUGGAAUCCGCAUCGCCUAG